GCUAAACUCAAAAGUCUCUCUCAUAUGUUUACUUUUCCUGUUCUUUUCUCUGUAACUCUUAUGAUCGUAAUUAGAUUGUUUUGAUUUAAUUAACUGUCUUUUUUUCUUUAAUUUGAUUUAAAUUGUUAAUUUUUUCAAGAAUACAGUUAAUUAACUGGUUUCGCCUUCUUUUUUUACCUGAUUUGAGAGAAAAUAACGUUUGGUUGCUAUGUCUUUUUUUCUGUUUUGUUUUUCUCUUUCAGGUUUUCCAUUCUCACUUUCUCUUCAUCUUCUUGAUACCUGUAAUUUGAUGUUCGCAAUUCUUGAUGGUUAAUCAAUAAGAAAAGUGGUUAAUCAUUGACUCUCCCUCAUUCUGGUUAACUGGUUAAUUGGUUAAUUGGUCAAUUUUGGAUAUAAACUCAAUAUCAAGAGAGAGAGAGAAACAAAAUCUUCCAUUUUAUUUUCUUUCUUGGAUUUUUAGGUUUUCGCUUUCCAGUUUUGGGUUUUGUUUUUUUUUUACUCUGGUGGUGGUUGAUUAUUAUUCAUUGAGAAACUAUAAUAAUACGUGCUGGUGAUUUUAUUUUCCAACUAAUGUGAUUACAUUUUGCUCAUCUUAAUCUGAACCUUUGCCUGUUUCUCAUUGUUUACCCUGAUUCCUGAACAUCAUGAGUGAUCAACAUGAUUUACCUCCUUCAACAUCAUCUUCCUCGGAAUCUUCAUCCUUGCUUCAACCAACAACCUCAACAGCUUCUUCAUCCUCUUCCAUAUCAUCUGUUGGUGAGAUUAAUCAUAUUACCUGUCUAGCUGAUAACAUGGGACAUCUUUGUAUGAAUGAUGAAUAUUCUGAUAUUACCUUGGUUGUUGAAGGAGAAUCGAUUCCUGCUCAUAAAGUUAUCCUCGCCUCUAGAAGUGAUUAUUUUCGUGCCAUGUUAUAUGGAGGAAUGAAGGAAAGUCAAGAGAAAGUGAUUGAACUCAAAUCAACAUCAUUAACGGCAUUUAAACACCUUCUUAGAUACAUUUACUGUGGUCGAAUGUCUCUUACCUGUUUCCGUGAAGAUGGGCUACUUGAGCUUCUUGGACUUACAAAUCGCUAUGGUUUCAUUUUACUUCAAGAUUCAAUCGCUAAAUUUAUGGAAGCCGUUUUGAAUGUUAAAAACGCUUGUCUCUUUUAUGAAGCUUCGGUACUUUAUGGCCUCACCUCAUUAGCUGAAGUUUGCUCCAAUUUUAUCGAUCAACAUGCUCUCCCAAUCAUUCAAAAUGAAACCUUUCUCUCUUUAUCCUCGACAACAGUUCGAGCAAUUAUUUCUCGAGACUCUUUCUGUGCCGAUGAAAUAAUCAUAUUCAAAGCAAUUAAGGCCUGGUUUGAGGCUAAUACCGAUCUACCCAUGGAAGAAAUUAUUUCAUGUAUUCGUUUAUCGCUCAUCAAUUUAAACGAUCUGUUGACAAUUGUCCGACCUUCUGGUCUUGUCUCUGCUGAUGCCAUUUUAGAUGCGAUACAACAACACCAAUUAUCUCGUAAUACUGAUCUUAAUUAUCGAGGUUUCCUUAGGCCAGAGGAAAAUGUUGCUCAACCCAAAUUAAAGGCUAAAGUGUUGAUCGGUGAAGUGACCGGUGAAAAUAAACAAGGACUUUUAGAUGGAGAUAAUUUAAAUUAUGAUGCUGAGAGAGGAUUCACCCGUCAUCUCAUCGAUGAUUCAGCUGAUCAAGGAAUUCUAAUUGAACUUGGAGUUCAGUGUAUUAUCAAUCAUAUUAAAAUGUUACUUUGGGAUAAGGAGCUAAGAGCCUAUUCUUAUUACAUUGAAGUGUCAAUGGAUCGUGUUGAUUGGGCUCGAGUUGUUGAUCAUACAAAUUAUUCAUGUCGAUCCUGGCAACGUGUCUACUUUGAGCCAAGAGUUGUAAAGUAUAUUCGCAUUCGUGGAACCCAAAGUACCGUUAAUCGAUUUUUCCUUCUUGUCUCAUUUGAAUGUAUGUUCACCCAUCGGCCUUAUCUUUUAGAUCCUAAUGGAAUCGUCAUUCCCAAUUCAAAUGUAGCGACAAUUGAAAACUCAGCUUUGGUCAUUGAAGGUGUGAGCCGAUCUCGAAAUGCUUUAAUUAAUGGCAAAUAUAAUGAAUACGAUUGGGAAACAGGUUAUACUUGCCAUCAAAUUGGCAGUGGUUCAAUUGUAAUUCAAUUGGCUCAACCUUAUGUUGUUGAUUCAAUGAAACUCCUUCUAUGGGAUAUUGACGCUCGAUCAUAUAGUUAUUAUAUUGAAGUUUCCAUUGAUUAUCAUACUUGGCAAAUGGUCGCCGAUCGUCGUGAUGUCCUUUGUAAAUCUUGGCAAAUGAUUAACUUUUCUCGACGUCCAGUGGUUUACAUAAGGAUAACGGGAACUUAUAAUACAGCUAACGAAGUGUUUCACUGUGUCCACUUUGAAUGUCCAGCUUCUGAUAAAACACCAAUACCAACAUCAGACUCUUACCGUAGAUCCAAUGUUAAUCCUCCGGCAAUGUUUUCACCCCCAUUAAAUUGAUCUUGAACUAAUCAAAGAUCAACUUGAUUCUCAAUCUAAAAUGCUCGAACAGUUGA